UCUGCAAGAUGGCGGCAGCAGCCGAGCGCGGCGCGGAGCUGCCCGCGGAGCCGCCGCUGGCCCCCGAGGAGGUGGCGAAGCGCUUGGAGAGCACCCGGCGGGAGCUGAGCAACAGGCGCAAGAUCCUGCUGAGGAACCUGCCGGCCGAGAGCAGCAGCCAGGAAAUCCAUGACUUAUUUAAAGAUUAUGAAAUCAAGUAUUGUUACGUGGACAGAAAUAAAAGAACAGGUAAGAAUUUACCGUCUUCCAGUGUCAUUCAUUUGAGUUCUGUGGUGAAACUAGUGAGGAACAUCAUCUGCCAUGUAUGAAGUCAUUGACUUCUCUGCCAUCACAUAGCUUGAUUGUCCCUCAGUGCCUUUUUUGGCUGCAUAGUUUGUCGCCUUCUACAGAAACCUGUGGAAACUUGGAAACUCCACUGAUGUCAGCCAGAAGUAGGUAGGGCCACUGGGGUGUAUUCCAGCAUAUUCCUUAGUGAGCAUCUCUGUGGGUCAGAGCUAACCUCAGGUGUCUGAUUUCCUUGAUGUACUGGUCCUGGGCCUCUCUUAGGACAAAGCACAUGUGCCUGUGACUUGAUCAGAGGAAAAGGUACCUAGCUCCUGAUGCAUUUGUGCCAGGUAAUACAAGCCACAAGCCUUUAUUUCCUUCUUUGAAGGAGAUGUCCUCCGUUAAUUCCUGAAUUGUUGAAGUCUGAGCCUCCAUUUACCAACGAAGUCUCUAAAUAGGGGAUUUGUGGAGUUUUAGUGCUUGUGAGGUACGGAAAUGGACAGUUGUUUCUCUGCAUGUUCCUGUCCUUCCAGAUCAGCAGAGGUCCCACAGCCUGGGCUAUCUCCUGAGGCAACCUUGGUUUUCAGGACAGAAUCUUAGUGCAGUAGCUGUCCUAGAUGGAUACCAGGAUUCUGUGGGGAUAAGGGUGUUUCUUGACACCUACCUCUAAGGAGCAAAAAAUGUGUGCUUUACUGUCCCGUUAUCUUGCAAAUUGGAAUUCUGCCUCUGGAAUAAUCCAGUUGGUAUGGGGGGUACUGUAGUCUGUAACAAUAGACUGAACAUCGGGGUUCAGUAUGAAAGGAAGCACUUGAAAAUACUUGGAAAGAGUGAGAGCAGGAUGAAGUCAUUUAAUGUAGCUGCUCUCACAUAUAACUAGUUGUUUACUGUGUAUGUGUUUGGGUUGGUUUUCAAGUGUAUACGUACGUGUGUC